GUCAGUGACGCGCGCGGAAGUCUGCGCGUCACCGGCGCUUGGAGAAGCUCGCCGGAGCGCAACAGAUGCUCACACGGUCAGUGUCGGUGUCAGUGCCGGGAAACCUGGUCACCAUGAUGAGGAUGAGUCCCCGGCACUGUGCGCUCAGCUGCCUCGUCCAUCUGUCCCUGCUGCUGCCGCUGCUGCCGCCGCUGGGUCCGGGACGCGUCGCGGAGCUCGCGGUAGCCGCGGAAUACUCAUCCAAAACGGACUUGGACUACGAGUUCGGCGACUACCGGGGGAAGUGGUGCAUCGACGACCACGGUUUCGUCUACGGCAUCGGAGAGGUGUAUUACCCGAGCCCCACAGGGUGCCCAUGCACGUGCACCGUGGACGGUCCCGUGUGCGUCCGACCCAAGUGUCCGCGCAUCAACCCCCGGUGCACGCGGAUCGGAUAUAAGGCGUGCUGUCCCGUGUGCGAGGCGAUGGCCCGGGUCUGUGUCUACGGAGGCAAAACGUACCGACUCCUGGAGGAAUUCAGGUUGUCGCGGUGCGAGCGAUGCCGCUGCGGAGCUAACAGAGAGGUUUACUGCAGCAUUUCCAACUGCCCCGCCCCUCACUGCGUCAACCCCACGUACGAACCCAACCACUGCUGCCCCAUCUGUAAGACUGGUCCUAACUGCUUCGCUGGGAGCAGGGUGAUCCCAGCAGGAGAGCGCGUGGACAUGGACGAGGAAACAGUUUGCUACUGCACCUACAGGGACGGGACGUGGCACACUCACCCCCACGCCACCUGCGAGCCGCGUCUGCAGCCCGGCCCGACACCUGACGCUCGCACGAAGCUGUCCAGAGAUGAGGAGGUCACGGGCAGAGGGGGGAGACCGGCCAUUUCCAGGCUGGAUGAAAUACCAUGAAGUGGACUCUGACGGACAAAAACUAACUAUAUCUGUUUGGGUUUAGCUGAGUCUCUGUGUCGUGUUCCUCCACCUGCACAUUUAAAGGUCCAGUGUGUCGGACUUCAACACAAAUGU